AUGCACUCCUCCUUCACCCGCAUCCAAAAUGUCUUUGGCUUCUUCACAACCGUAGCCUGCGUUCUCGCCGGCUUCAUCGCCGCAACCGACCUCAUCGCUGCUCGGCACCCCAGCGGCACUCUCAUCCCAACCAAUAUCCAAGUAGUCAAGGGCCGUCCUCACUACUACAGCAGCAAAAAGGAAGAAUACGCCAUCAUCAAGUUCUCCCUCGACGCCGACCUAUCAACACUAUUCACAUGGAACACGAAACAACUCUUCGUCUACGUUACGGCCGACUGGCCCGCCGCCGAGGGCCAAAACGUCACAAACUCCGCCGUCAUCUGGGACAGCAUCAUCACAAACCCCAGCGCAGACCACCUGCAGAACAUUGGACCCAUUGCCAUGAAGAAGCUCAAGCGUAGCGCGGAAGGCAAAAAGAUUGACCCUAGUCGCGGUCUUCUCAAGCUCAAGAACCAGAGACCGAAAUACCAAAUUACCCAUCCGACUGGCAAGAUUGCCAGCGCCAAAGACGUUACCCUGAAGCUACACUACAAUGUGCAGCCGUGGGUCGGUCUUCUUACCUGGAAUAUGGACAAGGCAUUCGGUUGGUGGCAUCCCAUGGUGAAGGGCGUGAGCGCCAAGUUUGAGUUGCCGGCGAUAAAGACCAAGGACGCGAAGAAACCCAAGAAGGCUUAA